AUGGAGGAGGUGAUGGAGGAGGUGAUGGAGGAGGUGAUGGAGGAGGUAAUGGAGGAGGUGAUGGAGGAGGUAUUGGAGGAGGUGAUGGAGGAGGUGAUGGAGGAGGUGAUGGAGGAGGUGAUGGAGGAGGUGAUGGAGGAGGUAAUGGAGGAGGUGAUGGAGGAGGAGGUGAUGGAGGAGGUGAUGGAGGAGGUGAUGGAGGAGGUGAUGGAGGAGAUGAUGGAGGAGGUGAUGGAGGAGGUGAUGGAGGAGGUGAUGGAGGAGGUGAUGGAGGAGGUGAUGGAGGAGGUAAUGGAGGAGGUAAUGGAGGAGGUGAUGGAGGAGGUAAUGGAGGAGGUGAUGGAGGAGGUGAUGGAGGAGGUGAUGGAAAGAGGUGAUGGAGGUGAUGGAGGAGGUAAUGGAGGAGGUAAUUGA